GCUGCUGACAAGAUGGCGACCCUCGCAGGAGAAAUGAAGGCACAGCAUUGAGUGGCGUCAAGUACAAGAGAAGCUCCACAUCAACAUGCCCCGGGAGGGUGCCCAUUCUCGUUGCCUCGGUGAUAUGAAGCCAGCGUGACACGGCCUGGCACGCGAGAGCUUUGAGCCAGCGAGCGCCGCAGGCGCGAUGGACCGCUGCAAGCACGUGGGGCGGCUGCGCUUGGCCCCGGACCACUCCAUCCUCAACCCGCAGAAGUGGCACUGCGUGGACUGCAACACCAGCGAGUCCAUCUGGGCGUGCCUGGGCUGCGCUCACGUGGCGUGCGGCCGCUACAUCGAGGAGCACGCCCUGCAGCACUUCAAGCAGCAGCGCCACCCGCUGGCCAUGGAGGUCAACGAACUCUACGUCUUUUGCUACUUGUGCGACGACUACGUCCUGAACGACAACGCCACGGGAGACCUCAAGCUGCUCCGGAGCACCCUCAGCGCCAUCCAGAGCCAACGCUACGAGGUCACCACCCGCAGCGGGCGCACCCUCCGCUCCGCCGCCGACGCCCCGACGCCGUGCGGCGCCAGCGAGCUGCAGCUCCGGGACGAGGACCGCAUGUUUACGGCCCUGUGGCACCGACGCCGCGCGCUCAUGGGUCGCGUCUUUCGCUUGUGGUUCGGGCUGACGGAGCGCGGGCGGGCGAGGCAGGAGGAGGAGAGGCGGCGCGAGCAGGAAGAGGAUCAGAAACGCGAGGCGAGGGAGCGAAGGCGUGCGCUCAAGAGGCAACUGCACGAGCAACUGGAGAACGCCCCGCAGAGGAAGAGUCGGCGCUUACGUCAGAGGACUCGGAGAACUCCGGACGGCGCCGUGAAAACCCCCCAAAAGACCAACACGUCCGCACCCCUCCUCGCCCGCCGCUCUCGAACUCCCGCCACGCCCGCUCCAAAGAGAAGCGCGCGUGUAAAAAAGACUGACUCGAAACCCAAAUCCAAGAGCGGGUCUUCUUCUGGCAGCAAAUCGAAACGCAAACCUUUACCCGCUCCCUCCCGCCAAAGCGCCAGCCGCCGAAAGCAGGCCACCGAAGACGGCGGCUCGCCCUUCAAGCGGCGCCCGACGGUCACCCCCGGGGUGACGGGCCUGCGGAACCUGGGCAACACGUGCUACAUGAACUCCAUCCUUCAGGUGCUGAGCCACCUGCACGUCUUCAGGGAGUGCUUCCUGCGCCUGGACCUCACGCAGGCUCUCGAGCUGCUGGCGUCCGCCGUGCACGGCCAGCUGGCGGCCGAACCCUCGCCCCUCUCGCCCCACAGGAAGGGAAUCCCGGCGGGGGCGGGGCUGAGCGGAGGCGCGGCGCGGGGCCGCAAGAUGGAGCUGAUCCAACCCAAAGAGCCCAGCUCCAAGCACAUCUCGCUGUGCCACGAGCUGCACACGCUGUUCCAGGUGAUGUGGUCGGGCAAGUGGGCGCUGGUGUCGCCGUUCGCCAUGCUGCACUCGGUCUGGCAGCUCAUCCCGGCGUUUCGCGGAUACGCCCAGCAAGACGCGCAGGAGUUCCUAUGCGAGCUGUUGGACAAGGUGCAGCGGGAGCUGGAGAGCACGGGCGCGCGCGCGCCCAGCGCGGCCGACGUGCCGCACACGCAGAAACGCCUCAUCAAGCAGGUCCUCAGCGUGGUCAACACCAUCUUCCACGGGCAGCUCCUCAGCCAGGUGACGUGCGUGGCUUGCGACCAUCGCUCCAACACGGUGGAGCCCUUCUGGGACUUGUCGCUGGAGUUCCCCGAGCGCUACCACAGCAACAGCAGCCGCGAGUCGGCCACGCAGGCCUCCUGUCACCUCACCGAAAUGUUGGCCAAGUUCACCGAGACGGAAGCGCUGGAAGGGAACAUCUACGCCUGCGACCAGUGCAACUCUACGCGAAGGAGGUCCUUGUCCAAAGCGGUCCUCCUCACCGAAGCGCAAAAACAGCUGACGGUCCACAAGCUGCCUCAGGUGCUGCGGCUCCACCUCAAACGCUUCAGGUGGUCCGGUCGCAACCACCGGGAGAAGAUCGGCGUCCACGUGAGGUUCGACCAGCUCCUCGACAUGGAGCCGUACUGCCGCGGCGGCGAACCCUCCGCCGCGCCGACCUCGCCGCGCACCAAGCUCUUCCUCUAUGACCUGUCCGCGGUGGUGAUGCAUCACGGGAAAGGCUUCGGCUCGGGCCACUACACCGCCUACUGCUACAACUCGGCGGGAGGUUUCUGGGUUCACUGCAACGACUCCAAGAUGAACGUGUGUUCCGUGGACGAGGUUUGCCGGGCGCAGGCUUACAUCCUCUUCUACACGCAGCGAGUAACUCAGGACAAAGACCGGCCGCUGUAGGCCAGGACUUCUUGGUAUACGGGAGUGAGCACGUAGCUACUUCAAUGUACGCUUGUCUUUUUUUUUUUUUAAAUCAGAGAUGCGACAGAAUGGCACGCAGACGAAACGGGGAGGCUCAGUCCCGCUGACUGACUUUGCAUGCAGGCAGGCCUUCACAGGACCUCAAAGUCCCACUUUUAGUCCUCACGCGCGGGAUCGUAGCAGGUCAUUUUGUUCCAUCCCUGACAGAUCAGCUAAAGUGCCCUUUUUUUUAAAAAAAAAAAAAAAAAAAAAAAUGGAGAUCUAUUUUUAUCGACCAACCUUUUGAUCCGAGGAAUGUAUUUUAUAAUUCCUGAUUCAACACCACCUGCAAUUUAUGACACAGCACCUAGGGAUUUUAUGUAUUUAAUGGAGCGUACACUCCAGAGAUGUUACCUCCAUACAGAGAAAAAAAAAAAAAAAAAAGAAGUCAACCAUGUUUCCUUGAAAGCACAGUUUAACAUCAGCUCCUACUCCAUUUGUGUGUAGUACUAUGCAAAUUGUUACCUCACUUUUUUUCUCGAGAAAAUUAC